AUGCGUGAGAUUGACAGAGAUGCCGAUCGGCCCUUUCCGUCGGCCCAAGCCUUCUCUCCUUCCCUUCAACAGUCAGAAGAGAAUCUCACUCACAGGGUACCCUAUAUUGGAUGGCAAUACUUGCGUCGCUCCAGAGAGCAGAUCAUCGAGGACCAGUCCAGGCCCUAUGACUCCAAGAAAAACUGUUGGAUUCCUGAUGAGGAGGAAGGAUACCUGGAGGCUAUCAUCCUUAAGACCGAAGGUGACAAUGUUCGCGUCGAAAUCGGGCGUGGCAAUGAGAAAACCUUCAAAAAGGAUCAAAUCCAAGAAAUGAACCCGCCAAAAUUCGAGAAAACUGAAGACAUGUCGAACUUGACUUUCCUCAAUGACGCCUCCGUCUUGUACAAUCUUCGAGCUCGUUACGCGAAUAUGCUUAUCUACACUUAUUCGGGUCUUUUCUGUGUCGUCAUCAACCCAUACAAGCGUCUUCCUAUCUACACGGACAGUGUCGCUCGAAUGUUUAUGAACAAACGCCGUACCGAGAUGCCACCUCAUCUCUUUGCUGUCUCCGAUGAGGCCUACCGUAACAUGCUUCAAAAUCACGAGAAUCAAUCUAUGCUCAUCACUGGAGAAUCGGGAGCUGGAAAGACUGAGAAUACCAAGAAGGUAAUUGCUUAUUUCGCUGCUGUCGGCGCCGCUCAAAUGGAGCAAUUCGGAGUCCGAGAGAGUCACGAUCCAAACCAGAAACAAGUCACCCUUGAGGAUCAAAUCGUGCAGACAAAUCCUGUGCUUGAAGCUUUCGGUAACGCAAAGACUGUCCGAAACAACAACUCAUCUCGCUUCGGAAAGUUUAUCCGUAUUCACUUCUCCAAGCAGGGACGUGUCGCCUCUUGUGACAUUGAGCAUUAUCUUCUUGAGAAAUCUCGUGUGAUCCGUCAAGCUCCAGGAGAGAGAUGUUAUCACAUCUUCUACCAGAUCUUCUCUGGAUUUGUUCCCACUUUGACUAAGGAUCUCUUGUUGGAUAAACCAGUCAAGGACUAUUGGUUCGUCGCUCAAGCCGAGUUGAAGAUUGAUGGUGUCAAUGACAAAGAAGAGCAUCAACUUACCGAUGAGGCCUUCGACAUCUUGAAGUUCUCGCCUCAAGAAAAACUCGAUUGCUACAAGGUCAUUUCGGCCAUGAUGCACAUGGGUAACAUGAAGUUCAAGCAAAGACCCCGUGAGGAACAGGCUGAGCCUGAUGGCACAGAUGAGGCUGACAGGGCAUCGAAAAUGUACGGAAUCGACACCGAGGAGUUCUUGAAGGCGCUCACUCGACCCCGUGUGAAGGUCGGAAAUGAGUGGGUGAACAAAGGACAGAACGUUGAUCAAGUCAACUGGGCCGUUGGAGCUAUGGCCAAGGGUAUCUACAAUCGCCUCUUUGGUUGGCUUGUCAAAAUCUGCAACAAAACCCUUGAUCAACAGGGUAUCUCUCGCGAUCACUUCAUUGGAGUGUUGGAUAUCGCCGGUUUCGAAAUUUUCGACUUCAACUCUUUUGAGCAGUUGUGGAUCAACUUUGUGAAUGAGAGACUCCAGCAAUUCUUCAACCAUCACAUGUUCGUUCUCGAGCAGGAGGAGUACGCCCGAGAGGGAAUCCAAUGGACUUUCAUCGAUUUCGGACUCGAUCUUGCCGCCUGUAUUGAGUUGAUUGAGAGGCCUAUGGGUAUUAUCGCUAUGUUGGACGAGGAGUGCAUCGUGCCAAAAGCCACCGAUCUAACUCUUGCACAGAAGUUGAACGAGACUCAUCUCGGCAAACAUCCCAACUUCGAGAAGCCCAAGCCACCAAAGGGAAAACAAGCCGAGGCUCACUUCGCCAUGCGGCACUAUGCCGGAACUGUGCGCUACAAUGUGACAAACUGGCUGGAGAAGAACAAAGAUCCCCUCAAUGACACCGUUGUGCAAUGCAUGAAAUUGUCGAAGGGAAAUGUGCUUCUUCUCGAGAUUUGGGGCGACUACACCACUCAGGAGGAGGCUGCCGUCAUCGCCGCUAAAGGAGGUGGUGGUGCAAAGAAGAAGGGUAAAUCGGGCUCGUUCAUGACUGUUUCUAUGCUUUACCGUGAGUCGCUCAACAACUUGAUGACCAUGUUGAACGCGACGCAUCCUCAUUUCAUUCGUUGCAUCAUUCCCAAUGAGAAGAAAGCCUCUGGAGUCAUUGAUGCGAGUCUUGUGCUCAACCAGCUCACUUGUAACGGUGUGCUUGAGGGUAUCCGCAUUUGUCGCAAGGGUUUCCCCAACAGAACUCAACAUCCUGAUUUCGUGCAACGUUACGCAAUCCUGGCUGCUGACGAGUCCAAAGCAACUGAAGACCCGAAAGCCGCAGCGGCCGCUAUGCUUGCUCGCAUGGUGAAAGAGAACAAGAUUGGUGAAGAGAACUUCCGUGUCGGUCUCACCAAGGUGUUCUUCAAAGCCGGUAUUGUGGCUGCCCUUGAAGAUCAUCGUGAUGCUCGACUCUUCGAACUCAUCGGAGGCUUCCAGGCUCAGAUUCGUUUCUUCUACAGUCAGAUCGAAGUCAAGCAACGUCGUGCUCGCUGGGAAGCUUUGGCGAUGAUCCAGAGAAACGUUCGAAACUGGAUCCAACUCCGCACUUGGGAAUGGUUCCGACUUCUCGGAAAGGUCAAACCCCUUGCCAAGAUGGGACAAAUCCAAGAGCAAAUCGACUCGAUGGCCACUGCUUGCGAGACAAUGUCUACACAGCUUGCCGAUGACAUCGAGACCAAGGAGAGACUGAAGGAGGACGGAGUCCGAGUCCAGAAGGAGACUCAAGAUCUUCUUAUCCAACUCGAAAGCACCAAAGGAUCCAACAAAGAAGUUGAGUCUCGUAUUGAGCAACUCACCGACAUGAAAGCGGCUCUAGAGGGAAAAUUGGGAGAUGCUACCAAGCGUCUUGAGGGUGAAGAACAACAAGCUCAAGAGCUUCUCAAGCAAAAGAAGAAUAUUGAGGGACAUUGUGCUGAGCUUAAGAAGAAUCAAUUGGAUCUUGACUUGACCCUUCGCAAGUCUGAUGCUGAAAAGCAAAACAAGGAGCACCAAAUCCGUGCCCUUCAAGAUGAAAUGCGCCAACAAGAUGAGAAUAUCUCCAAGUUGAACAAGGAGCGCAAGCAUCAGGAGGAGAACAAUCGCAAAUUGAACGAGGAUCUCCAGGCUGCUGAGGAGCAGAACAUGGCCGCCAACAAACUCAAGCAAAAACUCUUGGCCACGAUUGAGGAUGCUGAACAAAGCUUGGAUCGUGAGAAGAGAAAUCGAGCUGAUAUGGAUAAGAGCAAGAGGAAGGCUGAGGGAGAGCUCAAGAUUGCUGCGGAAGAGCUCGAAGAGUUGAACAAACAGAAAUCUGAUAUUGAGAACAGUUUGAGGAGAAAGGAGAACGAGUUGCACUCGUUGGGAAUGAAACUCGAGGAUGAGCAGAAUACCGUCGCCAAGAUGCAGAAAUCGAUCAAGGAUGAUGAGGCAAAGAUGAACGAUGUUCAAGAUCAACUUGGAGAGGAGAAAGAAGCCCGUCAAAAGGCUGACCGAUCUAGGCUCGAGUUGCAAUCCGAGUACGACAAUAUUUUGGAUGCUCUUGAGGAUCAACGAUCGGCUGUUCAGACUCAAAUUGAGGCUUCAAAGAAGAAGGAUGCUGAGUUAGCCAAAUUCCGUCGUGAUCACGAGGAAGCUGGAUUGAAAUUCGGAGAGCAAUUGGCUGCUUUGAAGAAGAAGGGAACUGAUGCUGUUCAAGAGUUGACUGAUCAAAUCGAGCAAUUGAACAAGGUCAAGCAAAGAACUGAGAAGGAAAAGAAUGCUAUUCAAAGAGAGUAUGAUGAGGCUUCAUCUCAAUUGGACCAAGUCUCGAAGGAACGAGUUGAGCACGAGCGUGUCGCUAAGAACCACGAAGUGCGAUUGUUGGAGUUGAAGUUAAAGGCUGAUGAGCAAGCUCGUCAACUUAAGGACUUCAUGUUGUCGAAGGGACGCCUUAAUCACGAGAACUCUGACUUGGCUCGCCAGGUUGAAGAGCUUGAGGCUAAGAUUCAAACCACUAACAAACUUCGUCUCCAAUUCUCGGCUCAACUCGAUGAGGCAAAGAGAUAUGGAGAGGAGGAGUCACGCGAGCGCCAAAACUUCUCGACUUUGUGCCGAAACUUGCAACGCGAGCUUGAACAACUCAAAGUCGGUGUGGAGGAUGAGGUUGCCGGAAAGGGAGAAGCUGCCCGUCAACUCCAGAAAGCCCAAGUUGAGCUUGAGGCCUGGAAGACCAAGUUCGAGUCUGAGGGACUCAUCGGAGCUGACGAGUUCGACGAGGUCAAGAAGAGACAAAACAGCAAGGCUUUCGAGCUCCAAGAUCAACUCGAUGCAUGCAAUGCCAAGAUUGUGGCCCUUGAAAAUGCUCGUGGACGUCUCUCGGCUGAGGCUGAAUCCAACAGAAUUGAGGCCGAACAUCACGGACAAAUCGUCGCCUCGCUUGAGAAGAAACAAAAGGCCUUUGACCGUGUGAUCGACGAAUGGAAACGCAAAGUCGAUGACUUGUACAGCGAGCUCGACUGUGCCCAACGUGAUGCCCGUUCACUCUCGGCUGAAGCUCACAAACUCCGUGGAGGUCACGAUGCUCUCCUUGAUCAAACCGAGGGACUCAGACGUGAGAACAAGUCUCUCUCGGAUGAGGUCCGCGAGUUGACCGACUCGUUGGGAGAGGGUGGCCGUAACAUCCAUGCUCUCCAGAAGACCCUUCGUCGUCUUGAGAUUGAGAAGGAUGAGCUCCAACGAGCUCUUGAUGAGGCAGAGGCUGCUCUUGAGUCAGAGGAAGCCAAGUCUCUCCGAUGCUCGGUUGAAGUUGCUCAGAUUCGUGCUGAGAUUGAGAAGCGCUUGUGUGAGAAGGAGGAGGAAUUCGAAAACACCCGUAAAGUGCACCAACAAACCAUCGAAUCGAUUCAGGCCACGCUUGAUGCCGAAUCGAAGGCCAAGGGCGACCUAUUGCGCAUCAAGAAGAAGCUCGAAUCGGACAUCAACGAGUUGGAAAUUGCCCUCGACCACGCGAAUAAGGCGAACGAAGACGCGCAGAAGAACAUCAAGCGAUACAAUGAUCAAAUCAGAGAAUUGCAAGUUACUGUUGACGAGGAGCAAAAGCGAAAGGAGGAGUUCCGCGAGUCAUUGGCCGUUGCUGAACGCAAAUUGGCCGCCGCCAAACAAGAACAAGAAGAACUUAUCAUCAAGCUUGAGGCUAUCGAACGCACUCGUCGCCAGAUCGAAGGAUCCGUGCACGAGCAACAAGAGCUCAACAACGAACUCAACUCGCAAAACGUUGUGCUCACCGCCGCCAGAAAUCAAUUGGAGAGCGAAUACACUCUUCUCAAAUCAGACAUCGCUGAAGCACAACAAGAGCUCGCCGCCUCCGAGGAACGCGGACGUCGUGCUGCUGCUGAGGCUGCCAAAUUGUCCGAGGAUCUCCGUCAUGAACAGGAAACCGCCUCCACUUUGGAACGUCUCCGCAAGAACCUCGAGAACCAAGCCAAGGACAUGCAAGAGAGAGCCGACACUGCUGAGGCUUCGGUCUUGAAGGGAGGCACCAAGGCUGUGCAAAAGGCUGAACAACGAUUGAAGACCUUGCAAGCUGAUUACGAGAGCGAGACCCGUCGGGCUCAAGAAGCUGUCAAAGCCUUUGGAAGAGCUGACAGACGAGUCAGAGAGUUGGAUUUCCAGGUUACUGAGGACAAGAAGAACUACGACAAAUUGCAAGAGCUGGUCGAGAAGUUGAACUCGAAGUUGAAACUCCAGAAGAAACAACUCGAUGAAGCGGAAGAGGGAGCUAACGGAAAUCUACAAAAGUACCGACAAAUGCAAGUGCAAUUGGAGACCGCAGAGGAGAGAGCUGAUUCAGCCGAGAAUACCCUCGUUCGUAUCCGAUCUCGUUCUCGCAUCACAAUCGAUAAACAA